AGGCGGCGCGCUGCAGUGAAACGGCUCAUCUCAGAAGAAGACAGUCAGUCCAAAGGCUGAUCCGCCUGUUGGAUUCGGAACUUUGUGAGAGUCCUGUUGGACCGAAGCAGCGCCAUGAACCGGCUGAAGCUCAUCUCCGGACACCUGAGUCCCGGCCUCCGGAGCUCCGACUGCGGCUGCGCGGCGCCCAGCCCCGGGGACGAGGUGGUGGUGGUCCACGGCCGGAGGACCGCGAUCGGAAAGGCCAAAAAAGGAAGUUUUAAGGACACCACGCCGGACGAGCUGCUGAGCGCCGUGAUGACGGCCGUCCUGGAGGACGUGGGACUGUCCCCGGAGCAGCUGGGGGACGUCUGUGUGGGAAACGUUCUGCAGCCUGGAGCCGGAGCACUGAUGGCCCGAGUGGCUCACUUCCUGAGCGGUUUUCCAGAGAAGGUUCCGGUUUACACAGUGAACAGGCAAUGUUCCUCUGGCCUGCAGGCGCUGCUCAACAUCGCAGGGUCCAUCCGGAGCGGAUCCAUCCAGCUGGGCCUGGCCUGCGGAGUGGAGAUGUCGCUCCGAUCCAUGGGGGAUCCAGGAGAUCUGAGCUCCGGACUGUCGGCCAACGCCAAGGCGAGGGACUGCCUGAUCCCCAUGGGCGUGACGUCGGAGAACGUCGCUGAGCGCUUCGCCGUCUCCCGGCAGCAGCAGGACGCCUUCGCUCUCGACUCGCACAUCAAGGCGGCCCGGGCCCGGGACUCGGGGCAGUUCGACCAGGAGAUCGUUCCCGUCUCCGUCACGGUCCGGGACGAGUCGGGCCGGGAGCGGCGGUUGGAGGUCCGGAGGGACGAGGGAAUCCGGGCCGGAACGACCCUGGAGGACCUGGCCCGGCUUCGACCCGCCUUCAAACCCGACGGAACCACUACGGCAGGAAACUCCAGCCAGGUGAGCGACGGAGCGGCAGCGGUUCUGCUGGGCCGCCGGGCCGCCGUGGAGGAACUGGGUCUGCCGGUUCUGGGCGUGCUGCGGGGAAGUGCCGUGGUGGGCGUCCCGCCGGACCUGAUGGGCGUCGGCCCAGCGCUGGCCAUCCCGGCCGCGCUGCGGCAAGCAGGACUGAAAGUGAGCGACAUCGACAUCUUCGAGAUCAACGAGGCGUUCGCCAGCCAGGCCGUGUUCUGCGCACGUCUUGGUCUUCCUCCAGAGAAGGUGAAUCCUCUAGGGGGCGCCAUCGCUCUGGGUCACCCUGGCUGCACCGGCACCCGGCAGGUUGUGACGCUGCUGAAUGAACUGCGGCGCCGAGGCAGGAGGGCUUUCGGAGUCGUCUCCAUGUGCAUCGGGACCGGGAUGGGAGCCGCCGCCGUGUUCGAGUUUCCCGGGCCGUAGCGACCGAUUCAUAUGGGUCCGACAGCUUCGACCCGGAACAUCAGGAAAGUUUCCAGUGAUUCCAGUUUAAUCGGCCCAAUUCCUGAAAACUGAUUUCAGUUUCUGUCCCACCUUUAACGUCUGACCGGCUGCUGAUCUCAGCUGAUAACCAGACCCAAACAGUUCUGGUCAGAACGGCCUGAGGAGGACGAGUUCCCACCAGGUGAUUUUUCCUCCAGGCUGAUUCAACUGGAUCUUCAAAUGUUUAAUUUUUUAAAAGCAAAAAAGAUUUAAUAGUAACACAUUAACAUGUAUCAGAACCGAGCCAAUCAAAAAUCACCAGGCUGAUUUCUCCAUAUUUUCAUGCAGAUCCCCUUAAAGGGCCGGUUCAGGCAAAAUGUGUAAAUAAAAUCACCCAAUAACAAACUGAUAAAAUAUUGACAACUAUUUCUGUGUUCAUUUCUUGGAAUGAAAUUGUUGCAUCAUUUUCUACUGAUGAUGUAACAAAGAUAAAAAUGGAUCUGAUCAAUUAA